AGAGCCUCUAUCAUGGCCCAAUCGCAGACGCACAUUGCCCGCAGGCUCUUGAUUUACCUAAGGUAAUCGUGCCGGUCUGCUGGAUAUCCUCUUGCUCCCAAUAGCCACAAUGGGGCAAAUGGGGAAUUCUACUGACCACACAACCCUUGAAUGGUUCGGCGCCACUACGUUUCGGCUUCGUACCAGAGGCGUCACCAUCUUCUUGGACACCUGGCUGGAUAAGCCGUCCGUUCUGCCUAAGUAUCUUGCUGUGGACGACAUAACAGAAGCAGACUACAUCUUCAUCUCUCAUGCUCAUUUUGACCAUCUGCCUGGAGCCGACCGCAUCGCCAUCAGAACCGGCGCUAUUGUGAUCGCCAACGGUGAAGCAAUCCACUGUCUUCGGAAAGCGGGCGUCCCUGAAGAGCAGCUCAUUCCCGUGUCUGGCGGCGAGCGGAUACCGCUUUUCACGCGCGCAGUUCGCCAGCAAGCACAACAGGACCCAUCGCUACAAGCUAAAGGGUUUCCCGGCGCCCCUACCUUCCCAGUGCAUACACUGGCUGCCAUUUCGGUCCAUGUAUGGCCCUCCCUGCAUUGUCUGAUGCCUGAGGACCACCCCCAGGUCAUUGAUACAGCGACGGUGUACACCGGUUCAGCAACCCCCUACACCUGCUCCCUAGAUAUCACGUUCGGGAUGAAGCAUGGCCUCUUGCGUCUCGGCGAUCUUGUCCCGCCUGAGAAGCUUAGCGAUGGCCAACGCUCGUUCAUAGAGUACAUUGGUGAUCGGAAACGUAAUGUAUUCUCCCACUGUGACGGUGGUCAGUUAAUGUUUAACUUUGUCAUCGGAGAAAAGGCCCUUCUCUGGAGUGCUCACCUUGGCGCCUACGAUGGUGUUAUGCGGGACAUGCAGCCCAAGCCAGAUGUCGCCAUCUUGGCCAUUGCUGGGCGAGCCAACUUGAACGGACGACCGUUUGAUGGCUCAUCGGCUCAAUUUGCUGUCAAAGAGAUUGAGUGGCUUGGCAAUCCGCCGACGGUGAUUUGGGCCCUUCAUGAUGAUAGCUGCAUUCCCCCUUAUCGAAUUGAAACAGCAGCAGCUACCGCCGCGGUAGAGAAGUUGACUAAAUCAAAGGUUUUGGAUAUGAAGCAUGCUGAGAUGGUCGUGCUAGAUUUGUAG